AUGUGCUCUGCGAAAGCAAAGGUGAUGCAGCCUGCAGAGCAUCAGCUUAAAGUUUCUACGCCACAAGAUGCAAACGAAACAAAGGCAAUCGUCUUUAGUUUUUCGGGAGGUGCCCGACAGCCAAAUGAUAGCAGGUUGGCCUGCCGAAUGUUUCCUGCAGCCACUGCUGUGAUUCCCGUCACAACCACAGAGUUGGCUCUGCAGUUCGGAGCUUUCGCGGCUUUUCUAUGGGCUGUAUUGAACUCCUUUGGACAUUCCCAGCAGCAGUUGAUUCUUAGCGGGCACUCGCUCGGUGUGACUUUGGCCCAAGCAGUGGCACGGUACUUGGAACGCCUUGGCAUUGAUGUAGCUGCCAUCGUGGCUAUGGACCCGCGGUGCAACGCAGGAGAUGUUGUGCAGGAGGCUGGAUUUCUUUCGGCGCUGACCAACGCUGUACCUGCCAAUGUCCGCCUAGAGGCUCUGCAGCUGACGUGCAGGGCACCCUUCGUGCCCUUUCACUUCAAGCUCGAGCACAGAAGUCGCGUGGACAGCGAGAUGGCGAAGAUGCAACACUAG